AUGGGCAACGCCAAAGGUAAACCCGAUUUCAAUGAACUGUCCAAAGGAACAAAGUUCUCUGCGAAAGAACUGAACACCUUCUUCGAUAACUUCAAAAAAGAUUUUCCUCAAGGCAAAAUCGACAAAAACCAGUUCGAAGUCCUGUACAAGAAAAUGUUUGGGACCGAAGGUGACGCUAAAGAAUUCUGUGGGCUGGUUUUUGAACAAUAUGACGCCGAUCACAGUGGAUACAUCGACUUUAAGGAAUUCAUUCUCACUCUCAGCAUUGCUUCCAGGGGAACUAAGGAUGAAAAGUUACUCUGGGCUUUCAGACUCUACGAUAGAGACCACAGCGGUUUUCUAACCGAAAACGAGAUUGUUCAAGUUUUAACGGUGAGUCUUCACAGUAUCUUUUAUUAUUUAAACAUCAUGUGUUAUAUUGAAUUAAUUUGA